AUGGAACUCCAGAGGUCCAGCCCAGAGAGGCUGCAGCGACGGCUCCCCGGCAGCAACAAGGUGCAGCGAGACAGCCGCAACGAGCAGCGCUACUUCAUGGAGCAAGAUGACGACACGCUCCACCUACUGGAAGAGAAAUCAGACAAAAUUAAAAAUCCAAAUAAUAUCCAGAGUGGGAAAUGGCAGCUGGGCUUCCAAGCGAUGUCCUUUGACCUCUACGCCAAAUAUGGGAACAACCGCACCCUGAGCCUCGUGAGUCCCAAGAAGCCAUACUACCAGUGGCGCCUCCGUGUGCCGUCGGGUCACGUGGUUCGACUGGUCGUCCUCACCCUUCACGGCGCCACACCGGGAAGCUGCACCGCCCACAAGCUCUCUGCCUAUGACUUCUUGCUUCCUCUGCAGAACAAGAUAAUUGCCAGGUGGUGUGGUCUGCCAUUGUCGGGCUCUUCUCCGGUCAUGAAGCUGACAUCCUCUGGCAAUGUGAUGUUGGUCACCUUCUCUUUCAGCAGACAGAGGGAUGGAGCAAUCUUCAAAGCUUACUUCCAGGCCAUCCCGAAAGCCGGUUGUGGAGGCUCAAUUUCCUCCUGGAACGGCUCUAUUUCCUCACCCUACUACCCCUCCUAUUAUCCUCCUAACAUAGACUGCACUUGGACCCUACGGGUGCCGUUGCCAGGAUACUUGAUCUCCAUGACGAUCGUGACGAUGGACAUUCAGGAUUCCCCGUCAUCAGACGGCUGUGAGAAAGACUGGCUGGACAUUGGAGGGGUGAAACUUUGUAAUCCGGUGUCAGACAGCAGCAAGAAGCGGGUCUACUCCUCUCCUCUGUCCCUCCACUUCCACUCUGAUGAAUCUCUCACUCACAAGGGCUUCUACUUGUUAUACCGAGCCUUCUCUCCAGAGGGCACUUGUCCUCGACAGUUUCGCUGUGGAGAUGGUCGCUGUAUCCCUCUGAGGAAGGUGUGUGAUGGAGUCAAGGACUGCUCAGACGGACGGGACGAGGCUAAAUGCUCAUCCUGCAGGCCGGGUGAAGUGCUGUGUGGGAAUGGUCAGUGCAAACCUCAGAGCAGCCAGUGUUUCAGUCAGAGCAUCUGUCCAGACAGCAGUGAGGAGGGCACCUGUGGAGGAAAAUGCUACCACGUUUGUCCUAACAAGGUGUGUUUGCCGAAGUCUUCAGUGUGUGAUGGGGUCAUUGACUGCAAAGACCGCAGUGACGAACUCAACUGCACCAGAGCAUAUCUGAAAGGCUGCUCCUCGUCCUCCUACAAAUGUGCCAAUGGAAAGUGUGUGGGUAAGGUGAACCCUGAGUGUGAUGGAGUGAAAGACUGCUAUGACGGCUCCGAUGAACUGCGCUGUGGCUGUGGCACCAGGCCCAGGAAGAGGACUAAGAUAGUGGGAGGGUCUGAUGCCGUGGCGGGGUCGUGGCCCUGGCAGGUCAGCCUCCAGAUGGAUCGCUACGGCCACGUCUGUGGAGCCACGCUGGUCUCUAACCGCUGGCUCAUCUCUGCAGCUCACUGUUUCCAGGACUCAGAUGCCAUCAAAUACUCAGAUGCUCGUGCAUGGCGAGCUUACAUGGGGAUGCGUGUGAUGACCACGGGGACCAGCGGAGCGGCCACCAGACUGAUCCGCCGGAUCCUCCUCCACCCGCAGUACGACCAGUUCACCUCCGACUACGACAUCGCCCUUCUCGAGAUGAGCGCGCCCGUUUUCUUCAAUGACCUGGUGCAGCCUGUGUGCGUCCCUGCAUCCUCGCACUCUUUCACCACAGGGACAAGCUGCUAUGUCACAGGCUGGGGGGUUCUGAUGGAGGAUGGUGAAUUGGCGUCUCGCUUGCAAGAGGCCUCAGUGAAGAUCAUCAACAGAAACACCUGUAACAAGCUCUAUGACGACGCCGUCACUCCCAGGAUGCUGUGUGCUGGGAACCUGCAGGGAGGUGUGGAUGCCUGCCAGGGUGACUCAGGAGGUCCGCUGGUGUGUCUGGAGCGCGGCCGGCGGUGGUUCCUGGCCGGGAUCGUGAGCUGGGGCGAAGGCUGCGCGAGGCAGAACCGCCCGGGCGUCUACACACAGGUGGUCAAGUUCACUGACUGGAUUCAUCAGCAGACCAAAGGACAGGUGUGACUGAACAUCACACUCACAUGAACAAAGUGACAGACUUAACACACAGGACGAAGCUUUGAGGUCUGACGUUCGUCUUCAGACUGUUGUCGUGACUUCUUGACAACGCAUUCGGUCAGUUUUUCAGGAGUGUGUACCAAGGCAACGGGCCAGCGGAAGCAACAUUGCAGCUCUGAACCACCGGGCUUCCUUAUAAUCUGCAAACAGCGGCUAUGUUGA